UAGCGCGCAUGCUCACAGCGACUGCCCCAACCCCGCUUCCCGCUCUGACGUCAUCAGCGUGCGCGCAAGCCGGGAAAGAAGGCUAAUUCGAAUUUGCGACUAAAUAUAACUUGGAGGAAGAUGUUCAGUACAUCAGAUUAACUCGGAGAACAACAUUUAUGCCUGCAGACCACCUGAUGAACAACACACCGCGUGUUCUAAUCAGACAGCGGUUUUGAUCCCAGUAAAGAUGGCAGCUGCUACUAAAACCCCUCCUGGAGCCGACCCUAAGCAGCUGGAGCGCACGGGGACGGUGCGAGAGAUCGGCUCUCAGGCCGUGUGGUCACUGUCUUCCUGCAAACCUGGGUUCGGCGUCGACCAGCUGAGGGACGAUAACCUGGAGACGUACUGGCAGUCAGACGGCUCGCAGCCUCACCUCGUCAACAUCCAGUUCAGGAGGAAGACUACAGUGAAGAUGCUCUGCAUUUAUGCCGAUUAUAAAUCCGAUGAGAGCUACACUCCCAGCAAGAUCUCAGUCCGGGUUGGGAACAACUUCCACAACCUGCUGGAGAUCCGGCAGUUGGAGAUGGUGGAGCCAAGCGGUUGGAUCCACAUCCCACUCCUGGACCUGGUGAACAACCCCAUCAGGACUUUCAUGAUCCAGAUCGCCGUGCUGGCCAACCACCAGAACGGCCGCGACACACACAUGCGCCAGAUUAAGGUGUACACACCUGUGGAGGAGAGUUCCAUCGGCAAAUUCCCACGAUGCACCACUGUCGACUUCAUGAUGUACCGCACCAUCAGGUGACCGCAUCCUCCAGCUGAUUACAGACGUCAUCUCGUCUCUCUGACUGUUUCAUUAAAAAGAUUUUAAAUAGAAAAACAAUUAACCCUAAACGUUUGUGUUCACCUGAACGUCUUUACUGUAAAAUGUCUUUGCGGAAUGUUUCAUGUACAUAUAAUAAAGUUGUUUUUUUU